GAAGAAGUUCAGAUAUCUGUCAUUUGCAAAGAUCAUCAGUGAUCUCUAAAAGGCAGCACAGGCUUUUGUGGUAGCACAGCACCUGCCCGCUCUCUGCAAGGAAAGCUUGGCCAGCAGUGUAGUCUUUGAUACUCUGAUGAUCCUGCCUGGAAUAGACUAUGUCAGAGAGUCACGAUGACCUUGCAGGAUAACAGUACAACCUCGCCUUUGUUUCCAAACAUCAACUCUUCCUGGAUACACGGCCCCUUGGAGGCAGGGCUGCCCCCGGGAACAGUCACUCAUCUUGGCAGCUACAAUGUUUCUCGGGCAGCUGGGAAUUUCUCCUCUCCAAAUGGUACGGACAGUGACCCUCUGGGAGGUCAUACUGUCUGGCAAGUGGUCUUCAUUGCGUUCUUAACGGGCUUCCUGGCCUUGGUGACCAUCAUCGGCAACAUCCUGGUCAUAGUGUCAUUCAAGGUCAACAAGCAGCUGAAGACCGUCAACAACUACUUCCUCCUAAGCCUGGCCUGUGCUGACCUGAUCAUUGGGGUCAUUUCCAUGAAUCUGUUUACGACCUACAUCAUCAUGAACCGGUGGGCUUUGGGCAACUUGGCCUGUGACCUCUGGCUUGCCAUUGACUAUGUGGCCAGCAAUGCCUCCGUCAUGAAUCUUCUGGUCAUUAGCUUCGACAGGUACUUUUCCAUCACGAGGCCACUCACCUACCGAGCCAAAAGAACAACCAAAAGAGCAGGUGUGAUGAUUGGUCUGGCGUGGGUCAUCUCCUUUGUCCUCUGGGCUCCCGCCAUCCUAUUCUGGCAGUACUUUGUAGGGAAGAGAACUGUGCCCCCCGGGGAGUGUUUCAUUCAGUUCCUCACCGAGCCCACCAUUACAUUUGGCACAGCCAUUGCUGCUUUUUAUAUGCCUGUCACCAUUAUGACCAUUUUAUACUGGAGGAUCUAUAAGGAAACUGAGAAACGUACCAAAGAGCUUGCUGGGCUGCAGGCCUCUGGGACAGAAGCAGAGGCAGAAAACUUUGUCCACCCCACAGGCAGUUCUCGAAGCUGCAGCAGCUAUGAACUUCAACAGCAAAGCAUGAAACGCUCCAAAAGGAGGAAGCACGGCCGCUGCCACUUCUGGCUCACAACCAAGAGCUGGAAGCCCAGCGCCGAGCAGAUGGACCGAGACCACAGCAGCAGCGACAGCUGGGACAACAAUGACGCUGCUGCCUCCCUAAAGAACUCCGCCUCCUCCGAUGAGGAGGACAUUGGCUCAGAGACGAGAGCCAUCUACUCCAUCGUGCUCAAGCUUCCAGGUCACAGCACCAUCCUCAACUCCACCAAAUUGCCCUCGUCAGACAACCUGCAGGUGCCUGAGGAAGAGUUGGGCAUGGUGGACUUGGAGAAAAAAAACAACAAGCUGCAGGCCCAGAAGAGCAUGGAUGAUGGAGGCAACUUUCCCAAAAGCUUCUCCAAGCUUCCCAUCCAGCUAGAGUCAGCCGUGGACACAGCCAAGGCUUCGGAUGUCAACUCCUCAGUGGGGAAGACCACGGCCGCUCUACCUCUGUCCUUCAAGGAAGCCACUCUGGCCAAGAGGUUCACUCUCAAGACCAGAAGUCAGAUCACUAAGCGGAAAAGGAUGUCCCUCAUUAAGGAGAAGAAGGCAGCCCAGACCCUCAGCGCCAUCUUGCUUGCCUUCAUCAUCACCUGGACCCCCUACAACAUCAUGGUUCUGGUGAACACCUUUUGUGACAGUUGCAUACCCAAAACCUUUUGGAAUCUGGGCUACUGGCUGUGCUACAUCAACAGCACCGUGAACCCCGUGUGCUAUGCCCUGUGCAACAAAACUUUCAGAACCACUUUCAAGAUGCUGCUCCUCUGCCAGUGUGACAAAAAGAAGAGGCGCAAGCAACAGUACCAGCAGAGACAGUCGGUCAUUUUUCACAAGCGCGUGCCCGAGCAGGCCUUGUAGAAUGGGGUUUGAUCAGUAGCAGUGGCAAAGCGCACACUCCAAUCCACAAACCUUAGGAGGAGGAGGAGAGGAAGGUGAGGGUGGGAGUGAUUCCUGGUGAUGAUAAAAAUGUUUUUUUAUCACCCAGAUUUGAAAGAAGCUGCCUGUUUACUGAUCCAUUGAAUAAACCCAUUUUAAUAUGAAAAGGCAAAUACCAAUUCAGCAAAAAAAAAAGCAUACUACUGAAUAUAAAGAAAUUUAUUCUGAAAUAGACUUUAAGUGUUUUUUCCUUUUUUUUCGUAAAAAUGAAAAAAAGUUGCUUCACAGCAAUUAUACACCCAAAUUGAUUAGCCUGGGUCUUUUAAUUCCCAUUAGCUUUGGAAUCUCAGAGGAGAACAUGGCUGGCCCAUUUGCCACGUUCUAACCAAGGAUCCCCAAAUUGCUGAUCAGACCCCAGGUGGGGCACAGCAGGCUAGCAGAUCUGCAGUUCUGAAAUUAUUUCAUACCUUGCAAACCUGAAUCUUCUUGUCCCAAUAGAGCUUCCUGUCUUCUCUUUGGUGUGUCGUCAAACUCUAUUUGUGGACUUGAUUCUUGAUUCUUGCAAAGUAUUGUUUUGUGCAGUUCAAGUUUCGUACAAAUAAAAAUACUAAGUAUAUAUAUAUAUAUACACACACACACAC